AGUGGGCUGCUUGAGGAGUGAGGACACUUUUGUAGAAAGAUCUGAAAACACCACUGUGGCUGUAUGUAACUUGGACCUACGGACUUUUGUUUCUGCUUUGACAUAUUUUUUUCCUUUUCUCCUCAUCAACAAGUAUGGGUGCACCGUGGCUGAUCCCAGGCUUCGUGCUUGUGCUGUGCAGGCUUUCCGUCUCAGACGAAGUUUGCCAGCCCAUCUCCAUCCCGCUGUGCUCCGGUCUUGCCUACAACAUGACCAUCAUGCCGAACCUCCUAGGCCAUAGUGACCAAGCUGACGCAGCUGCGGACCUGCGCCGCUUCGACCCCUUGUUGCAGGCCCGUUGCUCGGAGGAUCUCAAGUUCUUCCUGUGCAGCCUGUAUAUUCCCGUGUGCACCGUUUUGGACGAAGCCUUACCCCCGUGCCGGCCCCUGUGUGAGCAGGCACACCGAGGAUGCGAAGCCAAUAUAACCGCGAUGGGCUUUGAGUGGCCGGAGAAGAUUCGCUGUGAGACGUUCCCUGUGGGUGGAUUGUGCGUGGGCCAUUUUUAGCAGGCAGGACAUCUUGCUUCAGACUCUUCUACAUCAUCAUUAAAAAGGGAGGGGGGUGAAUUGAAAUUGAAGACAGCAUCUUGAUUUGCUUUGGUCUUUUUUUUGGGAGACAUUUUUAGCUUCUGGUUAUGUUAAGUUUCUAUUAUUGGCAAUAUUAUUUUGAGAACACUAUCUUUAUCUCCAGUUACAAUAAUCACUUUGACAUUUUUCUCCUUUUUAUUCACUUCACAGCUGUCAAUGUGGACACAGUGUCAUUUAUGUUAAAAAUAUCCAUGUUUGAAAACCAACACAAUUAAAGCUUUUUUUUUUUGCAAAA